CCUCUCUCUCUCUCUCUCUCUCUCUCUCUAACAUCACAAAAACACCUUUUGUUUUUUUGUUUUUAACCAUUCCAAUCAGUUUCAUAUGCAUUCGGUGUUAUAAUCACCUCCUCGAUUUCUCUCUCUAGGGUUUCGGAUUCUCUUCCAAUCUCUUUCGGGAGAGAGAGAAAAGAAAAGCUUCUUUCCUUUUCAAUUCUACGGAAUUGAGGCUGAUUCUAUCAUCCACUGGCUUCUCGGAUUCGGAUCUUCUCCGAUCUUCCUAGUUCGGUUUCUUUGGUCCGAUCCGAUUGCAUCCGGAGCUCAACCUGGAAGAUCUCGAGCACCGAUCUGAAAACAACUUGGCAGUUAAAGCUGGAGUCAUCCUUUUAGAUGGUAUGCGGCAGUUGCUUGAGGUCUUUGAUUCUUCGAGCUGGAUAUGUGGGGAGAUUCACCAAGGAUAGAGUGCAGUUGAGCUACUUAGGAAGAAGUUUGAAUGCAACUUGGGGCCGGACAUAUUUAUCUACUCGUACAUUCACAAAGACAGUAGAGAUGAUGGUGGAUGCCGGUUCAACUGCUAGUCAAGGACCCAUUGUUGAUGUCCUGGCAGAGAAAGAUGUUGAUGGUGCCUAUAUCAGCGGAGGCUGGAAAAGUGAAGAUGGAAAAUUGAGCUGCGGAUAUUCAAGUUUUAGGGGAAAGAGAGUUAGCAUGGAGGAUUUCUUUGAUUUUAGAACUUCGAAAAUCGAUGGGCGAACAGUCUGCAUGUUUGGGAUAUUUGACGGUCAUGGUGGUUCUCGUGCAGCUGAGUUUCUAAAGGAGCAUCUCUUUCAGAAUCUUCUGAAGCAUUCUCAAUUUCUAACCAACACCAAAUUGGCUAUAAGUGAAACAUAUCAGCAGACUGACAUGGACUUCUUGGAGUCCGAAAAAGACUCUUACCGUGAUGAUGGCUCUACUGCUUCCACAGCAGUUCUGGUUGGUAGCCAUUUAUAUGUUGCCAAUGUUGGAGAUUCACGGACUGUUAUAUCAAAGGCAGGCAAAGCAAUUCCUCUUUCUGAGGAUCAUAAACCAAACAGAAGUGAUGAGCGGAAAAGAAUUGAAAGUGCUGGAGGUGUUGUAAUGUGGGCAGGCACUUGGAGAGUUGGUGGUGUCUUAGCAAUGUCCCGUGCUUUUGGCAACCGCAUGUUAAAGCAGUUUGUUGUGGCAGAACCUGAGAUCCAGGAUCAAGAACUUGAUGAACAAUAUGAAUUGCUUGUGCUUGCCAGUGAUGGACUAUGGGAUGUGGUACCCAACGAGGAUGCUGUGUCGCUUGCCCUGACUGAAGAAGAACCUGAGGCUGCAGCCCGAAAGUUAACAGAGACUGCUUAUGCUCGUGGCAGUGCUGACAAUAUCACCUGCAUCGUGGUAAGGUUUCACCAUGACCAAACUGAUCCAACUAUUCCACCCAACCCCACCGAUCAGGCUGUUCCACCCAACCCAGCUGAUCAGGCGGUUCCAGCCAACGCUUCCAAUCUGGCCAUUCCAGCGAACCCAGGAGAUCAGGCUGUUCCAGCGAACCCAGGAGAUCAGGCUGUUCCAGUGAACCCAGCCGAUCUGGCCAUUCCAGCCAACCCAGCAGAUCCAGUUGUUCCAGUCAAGUCUGUUGAUCCGGCCGAGGCAGCUAAUCCACAGGACCAGAAAUAGAGACUUAGUUAACAUUUCAUGUGGAGUACCUCUGAACGUUUAGGUAAUGCAAGCUUUGAGAUCUGACAUGCUAUACCCGCGGUCUGCAAGAGGGAUAUUUGUUUAUUCAUUGGUUUGUUUCUAGUUUUCCUUCUUUUUUUGUCUUCUCUUCCUUCAAAAUCUUGCAAACAUGGUCUGUAACUUACUGUUUAUUCUAGUACAGUUUUAUAUAUCUAUGGUUUUCCUGGCGGUA